AUGUUCCGUCCUCAAAGACUCACAGCUCGGCUGAGCCUGUGCUCAGUACGAUGGAAUUCAACUAGCAGCCCAUCUACGCCGCCUUUGAUGGCCAAAAUCAGGACCGACCUUAAGGUUGCUAUGCGUGCCAAAGAUACAGCGAGGCUGAACGUUCUGCGCGCUAUCAUUUCCGAAACGAACAACUCCUUGAAGACCUCAUCCCCAAUUCAAACUGAUUUGCAACUUUUAUCAUUAAUUCGAAAGCGUAUGACUGGCGCAAAAGACGCGGCGCAACAAUUCGCUGAGGCCAACCGACCCGACCUGAAAGAGUCCGAGGAAAAGAACGUCACAAUUUUGGAAGAGUAUGCGAACCAGGUGGAGACAAUAAGCCUAGAUGAUGUGAGGCAAAUCGUGAUGCAGGAGAUUUCGAAAUUGAAGGAGGCAGACCAAAAGGUCGAGAUUGGGACAUUACUAAAAUCAUUGUUUGCUCCCGGAGGUGCCUUAGAUGGCAAGCCAGCAGAGAGAUCAGAGGUCGCUAAGAUUGCCAAAGAGGCUGUUUCUGGCCUCUAA